AUGCACAUCGCGUGGAUUGGAAACAGCUACGUCUACUACCACGACCUGCCGCUGAUGCUCGCCGGCCUCCUCGCGGCGGGCGGCGUCUCGUCCUCGAGCGGGCAGGUCACGCCGGGUGGCCAGCGACUGGCGCAGCACGCCGCUGACUUGAGCGUCGCGGCGCUGCUGGAGCAGCCGUGGGACGUCGCAGUCCUGCAGGACAACUCCGCCGUCCCGGGCGGCGCCGACUCAGGCGACCGCGCCGCGUCCGAGUCGGCGCUGCGUGACUUCUUCGCGCCUCGCCUCGCCGGCCGUCGCGUGCUGCUCUACGGGACAUGGGGCCACGCGGCGGGCUGCGCCUACGCCCGGCUGCGCGCCCGCUACCCUGAUUACGCCACGAUGCAGCGGCUGACGACCGCGGGCUGCGAGGGCUACACGCAGCUGCUGCGGGCCGCCGGGGCGGAGGCGGAGCUGGCUCCCGUCGGCGACGCGUUCGAGCUCGUCCACCGAGAGGAGGUGGAGGCGGGCCGCGACCCGCUGUCGCCCGCCUCCCUCUUCCGCCGUCUCUACGCGCCGGACGACCUCCACCCUUCCCGCCUGGGCUCGUACCUUGCCGCCUGCGUCUUCUUUGCGGCGCUCACUGGCGCGCAUGUGGAGGACAGCGCUGCCGCCUCCCGCUUCCGCCCGUCCGAGGCGCAGGCGGAGCACGACCGCAAGAUGCGCGAAAAGCACGGAACACUCGAAAUCACCACGCGGUUUUGGCAAAAGUAA